AACAAUAAUGGUGGCGACGGGAGGUGAAAGUUAAGGGUUGACGGACUUUUCAGGUCUUCGCUGCAAGUUUGUAUUUAUUUUUUGAGGUGAAGAUGAUAUGCAGGUGUGUGGACCUGAGGCUCCUGUAAGUGUCUUUUUAAACCCCUGUGGCCUCAGCAAGCCGAGCAUCAUCCAGCGCACUCACACUUGCAUAUACUGGGAAAAGAAGAGAAGGCUGUCGUCGUAUUGUGAUCUCCGGCCUAAAGCAACGUUUUUUAGGGAAUCAGCUGGAGAUAAUCUAAAGUAAACCUAUGCAUGGACUACCAUAGUUUAUGUGCUACGGGCCAGGCCAGGCCGUUUAUGUGCUUCGGGCCAGGCCGGGCUUGGGAUUUUUGCUUCUGGCUUUGCCAAGCCUGGCCGGAACCCCGACCCGGUCAGACGAAUGAUCAGGUAGCAAUGGCCUCUGCGCAUCCCAAUCGACCCAGACCCCCCGCCAUGCUUCUACUAUUGGCGUUGCUGCAGUUCUCUUUGGGUGCUAGCAAAAUCAAUUGCGCAACGCCCCCUGAUAACAGCACGGAUGUGCUCUGGCUGCAAGCUUUCAAGCAUGGGAUUACUUCUGAUCCCUCCGGAUGGUUCAGCUCUUGGAACUCCAGCGCCAACCACUGCAUGUGGCCGGGAGUGAGAUGCAGUCGUAAGCAUCCAGGGCGCGUGGUGGCGCUUCAACUCUUUGGCCUAAACCUAACUGGCCAAAUCAGCUCCUCCAUAGGGAACCUUACGUUCCUCAGAACCCUGAACCUGUCCAAAAAUAGCUUCUCUGGCCGGUUACCUCCACUGAACCAUCUGCAAAAGAUUCAGGUCCUUGACCUAAGCAGUAACCGGUUGCAUGAUAGUAUCCCAGAUGCAAUUACCAACUGUUCCAGCUUAAGGAAAAUACGCCUCACUACGAACUUCCUAGCAGGUGAAAUUCCUCCAAAAGUAGGCCUCCUCUCCAACCUCAUACUUUUAGGACUAUCUGAUAAUGAUCUCACCGGAACAAUCCCGCCAAUCCUCGGCAAUAUCACAAGCAUGCAAAGACUUGGCGUUUCGUACAAUAAUCUGACUGGACGUAUCCCCGAUGAGCUUGGGAAACUGACAAAUAUGUGGAGGUUGCUCCUAGGAGGAAAUAGCUUGUCAGGUGGAUUCCCACGGUGUCUCUUCAACCUUUCUAAUUCUCUUCAAAUAUUAGGCUUGGAGUCGAAUAUGCUAAGCAAGGAACUGCCUCCUAACAUGGGAGACGACCUACCAAAUCUCCAAAUGCUUUCUUUGCAUGACAACAUGUUUGAAGGUCAAAUUCCGGCUUCACUAGGCAAUGCUACAUGGCUGGAAGAGUUUGCAUUAGGAAAUAACAAUUUAACAGGUACGGUUGGAGAAUGGAUUGGGAAGCUAACACAGUUAAGAGUUCUUUUCCUCUAUGCGAACAGCUUCAUUGGGCCAUUGCCAUCAUCCCUUGGCCAGCUUGCUCAGUUGGAAGAGCUCAAUCUAGGAAAUAACAAGCUUCAUUGGCCAUUGCCAUCAUCCCUUGGCCAGCUUGCUCAGUUGGAAGAGCUCAAUCUAGGAAACAAUAAAUUUGAAGGCCCUAUACCACCCCUUGGUCAGCUUGCUCAGUUGGAAGAGCUCAAUCUAGGAAACAAUAAAUUUGAAGGCCCUAUACCACCCCUUGGUCAGCUUACUCAGUUGGAAGAGCUCAGUCUAGCAAACAAUAAAUUUGAAGGCCCUAUACCACUCCUUGACCAGCUUACUCAGUUGACUUACCUCAAUCUAGGAAACAAUAAAUUUGGAGGAUCUAUACCACCCACCUUAGGGAACUUGCAACAACUCUCGUAUUUAGACCUUAGCCAGAACAAUCUUGAGGGUAACAUACCUAUUCAGCUUAGCAGCCUUACAUCACUUUACAAACUAAACCUUUCGUCAAACAAGCUUACUGGGAAAAUUUCCUGAUACUCUGUUCGAAUGUCAGAACAUACAAACUAUGCAAAUGGCCAAAAUUAGGAGGAGAAUCAAAAGUCUGAACAUAGAGCUAGUCAGCAAGAGGUAAACUUUGGAUGUAAACAGGUGUGAGAAACACCAAGU